AAAUCAUGAGCAAACCAGAUCGCGCGCACGCGGCAAGCGAUGGCCGCUGCAGCCUCGGCUCUUGUUUACGACAGCGCCGCUUGACACGGACCCAAGCGCCCCCCCCAACCCCCCAUCCCUCGAUCCCGCGGCCGUGAUAUUGCGCAAUAGGUGACGUUUUGCGCGCAGGGGCAACCUUGUUCUGGAACGUCAAGGAUAAAGACGCCGCCUCCUCCAUUAGGGCGCGAAGGAGCGGCCCGAGUCGCCCCCUCCGGUAUCGGCCGCGGUGCUGCAGCGAGCCGAGGACCCGAGAGAUAGCAGCGGCGGGAGGAAGACUCUCCGCCCGGGGGGGAGGCCGGGCUCGAGGAUGAUGCGGGAGUAGGACGGCUCAGAGGGAAGAUGGGCAAGGACCAGGAGCUGCUGCAGGCGGUGAAGACCGAGGACCUGCUCGCCGUGCAGAAGCUGCUGCAGAGGCCCCGGCCAGGGAAAGCAAAGUUGCUCGGGUCUGCAAAGAAAGUGAACGUCAACUUCCAAGAUACUGAUGGAUUUUCCCCCCUGCACCAUGCAGCCCUCAAUGGGAACAUGGAACUCAUCACCUUGCUGCUGGAGUCGCAGGCAGCUGUUGACAUCAGAGACCAGAAAGGCAUGCGGCCGCUGCACUACGCAGCCUGGCAGGGGAAGGCGGAGCCUAUGAAAACGCUGCUGAAAUCCGGUUCCUCCGUCAAUGGGCAAUCGGACGAAGGACAGAUUCCGCUCCACCUGUCAGCACAGCACGGCCAUUAUGACGUGUCAGAAAUGUUGCUCCAGCACCAGUCCAACCCGUGCAUCGUAGACAAUGCUGGGAAAACACCUCUGGACCUGGCCUGUGAAUUCGGCAGAGUCGGGGUUGUCCAAUUAUUACUGUCUAGUAACAUGUGUGCUGCCCUGCUGGAGCCCAAGAAAGCAGAUACCCAAGAUCCCAAUGGGACAUCGCCUCUGCACUUGGCUGCCAAAAAUGGACACAUUGACAUAAUCAGAUUGUUGAUCCAGUCGGGAAUCGAUAUCAACCGACAGACCAAAGCAGGCACUGCCCUGCACGAGGCUGCCCUCUGCGGCAAGACAGAGGCGGUGAGACUCCUGCUGGAAAGUGGUAUCAAUGCCACAGUGAGGAACACCUACAGCCAGACUGCGCUGGACAUCGUCUACCAGUUCACUGCCACCCAAGCAAGCAGAGAGAUUAAGCAGUUGCUCAGAGAGGCGUCAGCUGCUCUUCAAGUUCGAGCUCUGAAGGAUUACAGCAACAACUACGACUUAACCAGCCUUAACAUCAAAGCAGGAGACGUCAUUACGGUGCUGGAGCAGCACCCUGACGGACGAUGGAAAGGCUGUAUCCAUGACAACCGCACAGGAAACGAUAGGGUGGGCUACUUCCCUUCGACCAUGGUGGAGGUCAUCAGCAAGCGAACAGGUUUGGCCAGCACAGUCAUUUGCACUCAACAGUUUCAAAAGAUACCGCUGGUUGCCCCGGCGACGGUUGCCCCUGCCAACGUGGUAGUCAACGGCAACGACACCACGUUCCAUCAGAUCCAUAUCCUGCCUCCACCGCCUCCUCCUCCACCACAUUCCCAUCAGCCACUGCUUCCACUUUUCACUUCCUUUGGCUAUAACAGGUCGCCCGUGACAACCCCACAGGGAGACACCCCCACCACCCCAGGUUGUCGUGGCUCAGAGGCAAGUCCUCACAGCUCCCCCACCACGUCCUGUGGGCCCCAUGGAGGCUCCAACGAGGAGAUCUGGGUACUGCGCAAGCCUGUGGCAGGUGGAGACCGCAGCAGUUUGGGGAGCUCUGGCAGUGUGACCAGUGUGAGGUCAUCAGGCAGCGGUCAGAGUGCCGGAAGUGCUACACACAUCCUUCAUGCGCAGGCGGAGGGGGUUAAGCUUCUUGCCACAGUCUUGUCUCAAUCUGCCAAAGCCAAGGAACAUCUACUGGAGCAGUCAAAGUCUGUAGACCAACCUGCAGUCGGCUCUGCCAGCUCCUCUCGGACAUCCAGCCUAUCAGGGUGCCCUCUCCAUGAAGCGCCGCCUUAUGAUGCCACCGCCAACAGGAAGGGGGAGGCGCCAGGCGAGGGGAAGAGCUCAGAGGCCGUUGUCCAAUGGCUGAGCGACUUUCAGCUGCAGGUCUACGCUCCAAACUUCUUGGGCGCCGGGUAUGACUUGCCCACCGUUAGCCGAAUGACUCCGGAGGAUCUAACUGCUAUUGGAGUAACGAAACCAGGCCACAGAAAGAAGAUGGCGGCAGAGAUUAAUAAACUGAGUGUCACAGAGUGGCUGCCCGAGCAGAAGCCUGCCGGUCUCGGAGAGUGGUUGUGCGCUAUUGGUCUAAGUCAGUACCACCAGGUCUUGGUGCAGAACGGCUACGAGAACAUUGACUUUAUCACGGACAUCACCUGGGAGGACCUACAAGAAAUAGGCAUCACCAAACUGGGCCAUCAGAAGAAGCUGAUGUUGGCGGUGAAGAGACUCGCUGAAAUGCAGCGCAAUUCAGAUGGGCGGGGCUCCCUGAGAAAGAAGCCCCCGCCCAUCACGCAGCAACAGGAAGUGAUCUCAAUGGACAGCCCGCCCCCAGACGACGUAAUGUCUCCAAAGAUGAGCACCUUCCAGGACAGCGAGCUGAGUAGCGAGCUCCAGAACGCCAUGACUCAUUCAGCUCAGCCCGCACGGACUCCCAGCAAGGACCCCGAUGACGUGAACUCCGUCGUCGGAGGGCCGCCGAAGAAGGAGGCCCGGACGAUGAGGCAGCAGAGCAGCCAAGGAAGCUCCUCCUCCCACAGGAGCAGCGCCUCGUCUCAAGGCAAACACCGCCACGCCCACUCCCAGCCCGCGCCGCCUUACACGCCGCCUCACACGCCGACCAAGACCAGGACCUCCUCCUCUUCCUCCUCCGCCUCCUCCGUGCAGAGCACUUCCUCCCCUCAGUCCAAGCACAAGGUGUCACCGCAGUUCCUUCAAGGUGAAAGACCUCAGUCACCGCGCUCGCACCCGCCUCAGUCUCCAAACAGUCGCGGCGUUCCCGUCCAGUCCCCGCACCACCCUCAGAACCAGGAAACGAGCGAUGGCGCACAACCGCAGCUACUCCAGCUUUGCCUCCCGCCGGAGGCCGAGCCGGCAGAUGGCGACGAGGCCGAUUCCUCUGCACUCCAGAAGAAACGAUCCCACAGUCUCACCCGGCACGCUGUGUCAGAUGGCGAGUGUGACGAGAGGACGGUGGGAAGAGGGGGAAGGAGCGGCGAGGCGGAGGCUGCCUCCAGCCUGGUCUCCAACGUCAGAGCGGACGGCGGUAAAUACGCCACGGUUACGCACCGUGUCAGCCGCAGCCACUCCGUCCGCAACCAGGACAAAACGAUCACCCGCCAUCAGCCGCAGUCCAUCACUUUGCGGCAGAAGAAGAAAGGUCCGCCUCCGCCCCCGCCCAAACGCUCAAGCUCGGCUAUCUCCUCCUCCAACCUCUCAGAAGGGACCGCACCGCUGGCAGUGACGAACACCACCGGCGGGAUGCUGGAUGUGCCUUACCACCAGCAGCGGCGGGCCAGCGAUGUGGGCGUGUCGGCGGAGACGGUCGCCGUGGAGACAAACAGCAUGGGCAGUGUGAGGAGCAUCGCCGCCAUGCUGGAAAUGUCCUCCAUCGGGGGCGGAGCCAAAGGGAUGGCGCAGCAGAAGAACUUCCUGCAGGCGGGGAAAACGCGCGAAACCAUCGGUCUGGACGGGGAAGUCGUAAACCGACGACGGACCAUCAGCGGGCCCGUGAUGGAACUGGUGGCGGCGGCCCGGCGCGAGCAACCGCCGCCGUCUGUCAUUUCUCAGCCGGAAUCCUCGCCGCCGCCUGGGACUGCGCCUUCCCUAAACCCAAGCCCUGGAGACAGCUGCAGUUCUUCUGAACACCUGCCCUUUGCCGAGGAGGGAAGCAUGACCAUUCGCCGACAAGGACGAGGAGAUGGACAGUGUGUAUUUUGUGUCUGCCUGCAGGGUGACGCCGCGGGUCACCUAGGAGAUUGCGGAUACUCACAGGAAGAUAACUCCAGGGUGGAGCCCACCGCCACGUUAAAGCGACGACCCCGCGGCUCCAAGACCCACCCUAACGGCUCAGACUUCACGCUCCAAGAGUCGUCCACCGUCAAGCGGAGGCCAAAGAGCCGCGACAAGGAGCCGGAGGGCUACACGGACCUCGCCGGGCCCAACGGAGAACCGCCAGGUAGCAAGCCCCCAAACACCUCGCAGCCAGUACCUUACCAGAACGGCACAGCCACCGUGAAACGCCGCCCGGUGUCCGAGGUCGGCGUAACGGAGCAGCCUCAACCUCAAACCCAACCACAAUCCCAAGUGACUGCUCUUCCUCGAAGGGACAGUUCGGACCAAGGAGCUCCAGUGGGUAGUGAAGGCGCUCUAUUCAAAAAACCAAAGCCGCCGGUCUCCCCAAAGCCAGUUGUGGCGCAGAUCAAGAGACAAGGGGGCCCUCAGAACACCCAACAGACUUCUUCGAACAAGAGAGUCCCUCUGCCAGGACCGGGCACACCUGGCAGUCCAGUGGAAGGAAAGAAGAUUCCUCCUCCGGUCUCCCCCAAACCCGCCCCCCCUCCCACGGCGCCGAAGCCAUCCAAGCUCAUCCAAUCCAUGACCAGCCCCCCUUCCCCGACGCCGACCACCCCUCCAGCGAAGCUGCACCCAGUUGUGGCCCGACAGACCAGCUCGCCUCCCGCCUUCCCCCACUCCAACACGCCUAACAUGAAGCUACCCAGCCCCUCCCCACAGAGCCCGCAGACACCCACCACGCCUCAGACGCCUCAGACUCCUGCCACUCCCAGCCCGCCGGUCAAGCCUCCUCGCUCCUCUAUCGGGGGCGUGUCCGUGGACAGCGGGAUGGCAGCGGUAGGCGUGACAGCGCCGGUCACCCCGACACCGGACUUUGGCGCCGAUUCUUUGGUACAUCAGAAGCUGGAAGAGACGAGUGCGUCGCUUGCUGCUGCCUUGCAGGCCGUUGAGGACAAGAUACUGCGACAAGAGGACUCUGUGACGGAGCAGAAGACCACCGUCAGCAUCCUGGACGACAUCGGUAGCAUGUUCGACGACCUGGCCGACCAGCUGGACGCCAUGUUGGAGUAAAAGCGCCGGCUCUCUCGUCCCUCUUUCAAGUCAUCCUUCCGCUGGUGCACUUUGCACCCUUCCUGUCUUCUCCGGCGCCAUCUGUCCAUCCGCCGCUGCUUUGGGGGGAAACUUCUCCUCUUCUACAGACGCCAAGCAGACAGGCGGCAAUGAGACCAGAUGACGGACAGGAAGUGCAAGGAGGAUGAGGACUCAGUGUGUGUGUGUGUGUGUGUGUGUGUGUGUGUGUGUGGUCCUCCCAGACUGCUGGUGGAGAAGGACUAAGUGUGUGUACAUUCUAAGCAUGGAGAGUUUAUAUCUACUGCAUUAGCACAGUAAUAUAUCAUCAAUACACAUUAUUAGCAAUCUCUCGCUCUUUGGAUCAAUGUCCUGGUUCUAUGUGGAAAUCUGACCUCUGGUGUUUUGACUGUGCAAAAUGAUGUAAUCUGUGACCAAAACGACACCGUUCUGUUGCUGAGGGCAUGCGUGUGCGUGAGUGUGUGUUGUAUGCGCCGAGUGGAAAGAAGAAAGUGUGAUGAGGGUGUUUGUGUGUGUGUGUUUGGGUUAUUCUAUUUAGGUUAUUGUUUCAGCACAUUUAACACACACACACACACAUGCUAAUAUGGAGAAGCACAAUGGCUCAUGCAGCUAACACACACACACAGAUACAGUGUGUAUACGUGUAUUAUAUAUAUAUUUACAUGUAUACAUAUACAUAUAUACAGUACAUAUACAUAUAUAAAUA